AUAAAACCUAAAAUAGUAGACAAUUGAAUUGAAAAACGUUCGACUUUGUUCUCUUAACCUUCACACCAUAUAUAGUACGAGGUUUUCUGCAUACUGUGUUCAUGCAUUCAAAAGGCCAAAAACUUCAAUUGGGACCCACGUCCAAUUCCACCAAUUCAGACACUUUACUCUAUUUGUCCAAAAAAAAGGGAUUAGGGUACAUGUUCUUCUAGAAUAAUUUCUAAGAGAUAAAACAAUGAGAAGUGACUCGAUUGACAAUCAGUUGGGUUUGACAUAUGUGUGUUUAAGGUUCGAUUAUAAUGUGAAGCAUAUUUCUCAACGGUAUGUCAAAAAAAAACAUACUAUUGAUCUUAGGAAAAACAUAUUACACAAUUUGUAUCUAAUGGAUUAGAACAAUUCACGUUUUUCACGCAUUUUCUUUAAUAAAUCUAGUCUUUUUAUUCAACGUAAAAUACAGUACUAGUCUAUUAGAUUCAAAAUCAUUAUUAUUUAUUACUUUUUUAGAUUUUUUUUAUAAAUAUUGAUAUAAAAAGUAAGGAAAAAAAAAUGAGGGGCUGCCGGAUCUCAAUCCCAAAAAACAGACAAGGAAAAAUCAGUAAAAUCAUGCAAGACACACAACUUUCAUCUCCUAAAUCAAUAAACUUGAAAAAUCAAUUUAUUACUUGGUUAAUAAAACAAAUUAUUCAGAAUCCUUUUAUGGGUUUUCUUUAUUAAUCAAAAUUGAUUGAUUUCUUACCUUUAUUAGUUUUUUGUAAAAAAGAAAGUAAACUAUUUUUUCUGUUUUCCAUAUCAGGUUACAAAAUAAAAUCUCAAAUUUCCUUUGAUUCUCCCUCUGAUUAUUUACCUGGUACGUGGUCAGCACUUCAUUCAUAGGAUUUGAUUGUGAAUAAAUAGAAGAGAAAAAGAAAGAAAGAAGAGAGAAUUUCAAAUACAUUUAUUAUACAUUCAAAACUAGAAAACACAAAUGUUGGGUUAGGCGUAUGUGUGCCCGAGGUUCGAUUCCAAUGAGAAGCAUAUUUCUCAACGGUAUUUCAAAAAAAGAAAACACGGAUUCUGGAUACCUAUCCAUAUUUAGUGAGUUUAGUAUUGAAUUACUCACCUUUCAUGCUUAUUAUCUGAUAUUUGAAUCAAAGAAUGUGUUUCAUGCCAUGCCUUUAUAUAAGAGUUGCAUAUUGAUUUUACAUUUAUAUAUAGAGAGAGAGAGAGAGAGAGAGAGAGAGAGGAGCCUUUGGUGCUGUUGUGUGUGUGUAUCAAUGGAGUAUUCUGGUGCUAGUGGUGCUGCUUCUGGUGGUGAUGAACAGAUAACUUCUAACUCAUCAAGAAGAAAGGGCAAGAAGAAGGUGUACCAUCGCCACUCACCGAACCAGAUUCAGCAGCUUGAGGCAUUUUUCAAGGAGUGCCCUCAUCCGGACGAGAGCCAGAGGAUUCGAUUGAGCAGGGAACUGGGUCUGGAGUCUCAACAGAUAAAGUUCUGGUUUCAAAACAAGAGGACUCAAACAAAGACUCAAAGUGAACGACAAGAUAACUCAACUCUUCGUGCUGAGAAUGAAAGGAUCCAAUGUGAAAACAUUGCGAUCAGAGAGGCGUUGAAGAAUGUCAUUUGUCCGGCUUGUGGAGGACCUCCUUUUGGAGAGGAAGAACGUCAGCAUAGCCUGCAGAAACUACAACUCGAAAAUGCUCAAUUGAGACAAGAGCAUGACAAGGUAUCCGCUCUUCUUGCCAAGUAUGCGGGGAAGCCUGUCGAUGCUUUAUUGGGUGUCAAUCCACCUCCUUUGAAUUUCUCAAUGCCAACCCUCCUGAAUCCUAUUGGCAUUAAGAACCCUGCUGUUGGCCGUCAGCUGAAUUCGAUUGGUGCUGACUUUUUUUCCUUGGCACCAUACCAACGUCAAGUAAUCCCUGAAAUGGAAAAGGCGCUCAUGAUGGAAACAGCCGCAACUGCUCUUGAUGAACUAAUUAGGCUUUUGCAAAAUAACGAGCCUUUAUGGAUCAAGGUAUCAUCUAAUGAUCGAUUAGUUAUUCAUCGUGACAGUUAUGAGAAGAGCUUCCCCAGAUAUAGUCACUUUAAUAGUCCUGGUGCACGUGUCGAGUCAUCAAAGGAUUCGGGAUUGGUGACAAUGAAUGGACUGAAGCUGGUCGACAUGUUGCUAGAUUCGAAUAAAUGGAUCGAUCUUUUUCCAUCCAUUGUUACCAAAGCAAGCACAUUACAAGUUCUUGAACCUGGAACGAGAGGGAACCGCAGUGGCGCCUUGCAGCUGAUGUACGGACAAAUGCACGUCCUUUCACCCUUGGUGCCAACUCGAGAAUUCUUCUUCCUUCGCCAUUGUCAUCAAAUUGAGGCAGGGCUCUGGGUGAUUGUUGACAUCUCUUAUGAAAGCAUGAAGGAUCGCGUCUUAAAUUCCCGGUGCUGGAGGCUUCCUUCCGGCUGCAUGAUACAAGAGAUGCCUAAUGGGUGCUCCAAGGUUACUUGGGUAGAACAUGUUGAAGUGGAUGAUAGAAAUCAAACUCAUAGGCUCUACAGAGAUGUCGUACGCACUAGUUCUGCUUAUGGAGCUCAACGCUGGAUCGCUACACUCGAGAGGAUGUGUGAGCGAAUGGCAUUCUCCGCAAGACUAACUGUGCCUGCCAAUGAACCAGGAGGAGAAGGAAGAAGGAGCCUGAUGAUGCUUGGCCACAGAAUGGUGAAGAACUUCUGUGCAAUCCUGAGCAUGACUCCUAAACUAGAUUUCCCUCACUUGUCUGAGGUGAACAAUAGUGGUGUUAGAGUAGCGGUUCGGAAUAACACAGAACCAGGCCAGCCUAGCGGCCUUGUUGUCAGCGCUGCUACCUCUGUUUGGAUUGCACUGCAACCUCAGAGCAUCUUUAACUUCCUCCGGGACGAGAAAACCCGAGCUCAGUGGGAUGUACUCUCUAGUGGAAAUCAAGCACAGGAGGUUGGACACAUCUCCAAUGGCUCUCAUCGCGGAAACUGUAUAUCGCUCAUUCGGCCUUUCAUACCAAAUGAAAACAACAUGCUGCUGUUUCAAGAGUCCUGCAUAGACCCUCUAGGAAUGGUGAUAGUCUACGCUCCCAUCGACCUUCCAUCCCUCAACGUUGCAGUAAGCGGGGCGGACUCAUCCAACAUACCAAUUCUUCCAUCAGGUUUCAUAAUCUCCAGCGAUGGCGGCCACCCCGACUCCGCAGCAGCAAAUGGUGGUGGUGCUUCCACAAGUACUGCAAACUCUAAAAGGUCUCCGGCAGGUUCGCUCCUUACGGUGGCAUUCCAGAUAUUGGUUUCAACCCCAUCUGGUCCGAAUGAACUCAACAUGGAAUCCGUGGCAACUGUCAAUACCCUCAUCAGCUCCACCGUUCAGCGAAUCAAGCGCGCACUGGAUUCAAAUAUGGACUGACAGAUUAUAGAAACUAGACAUCUUUGAUCUGCAUUUGUGUUUUUUAUAUGUAAAUCUUUGCAUGGGAGUAUUACAAGGUCAGCGCAUUUGCUAUCACAUGGUUUUGUUGACCAUUAUGGGUCCGUUUGAGAGUGCGUUGCAUUUUGAUCUAUUGAAGUGAGAUGAGGCAUAGUAUUGUGAUGAGGUGAGGUGAUGUGUAGCGUUUGAACAAACAAAAUUGUUGGCGUGUGAGUUAUUAAUUUAUGAAUCAAUU